GCCUUUGUUGCAAGGUGCGAGUGACGUCAAGGUCACGUGACGGGGUGGGCAGUAUCGCUAAUUGACGCGCGCCAUUUUGACGAAGAGUGACACUGUCGCUUUGCAAGGCUACAUGUGACACACGCAGGGCGGGGCCAUGUCGGUGGUGCCCCAGCCCCCAUCGUAUCAGGAAGCACAGAUCUUGGCUCAAGCACAGGCCGUGGCAGCUGGAACCUCCGUUGUGCAGGAUGUUGGAGGAGCCACCAUCAUAACAGUUGGUCAACCUGCGACUGUGUCCGAGGCAGAGACUCUCCAGGUGGAAAAUUAUAAACAGGCCAUAUACAGACACCCAUUGUUUCCGCUUAUGGCGUUACUGUUUGAGAAAUGUGAGCAAGCCUCCCACUCCCACGACUGCCCGACCUCGGAGAGCUUUGACGUGGACAUCCAGGCCUUCGUCCAGCACCAGGAGAAGGAGCGCAAGGCCUUUUUCAGCGAUGAUAACGAACUUGAUAAUUUGAUGGUAAAAGCGAUACAAGUGCUACGAAUUCAUCUCCUGGAGUUGGAGAAAGUGAACGAACUGUGUAAGGACUUCUGUACACGCUAUAUCGCGUGUUUGAAGGGCAAGCUGCAGAGCGAGAACCUGCUGCGUAUAGACAACAUAUACGACGAUUCAUCACCGCCCUUGCCGGGAACACCCCAGCCUAGUCAACAAGCCAAUCAGAUGCAGGUUCAGCAACAGGUCAUGACCCCUGGGGUCGUGACCUCUGUUAAUGGCAACGUCGUGAUACAGCAAGGGAUAGCCCAGCCUACUGUUUCCAUGGCAACUAUAAACCAAGGACAAAUCGUAUCGGGGAAUACAGUCUAUCAGAUGGUGCACACGCCUCAAGGAAUAGUAGCACAACCCAUUCAGAUUCAAAGUACGCCUUCAGUACAAGCCCCUAUCAUGACCCCAACAGCUACUGUGAUACAUGGCAGCACCCCUCUGUCUCAGAUAGGCGUGGUCGGGGCACCUGUUGUGUCUCAAGUCAGUACAUCUACUGCCCCUGCCGCUCCCCAAGUCCCACCACAGAUGUCGGCCGCCAACCUCAGUGCUUUGUUUGAUGAUGACGACUUCGGUAAAAAGAAGAGCAAGCGAGGAGUUCUGCCCAAACAGGCCACUCAGGUCAUGAAGACAUGGCUGUUUCAGCACAUCGUGCAUCCGUACCCAACGGAGGAUGAGAAGAGACAAAUAGCCGGUCAGACGAACUUGACCCUGCUUCAAGUAAAUAAUUGGUUCAUCAACGCCCGACGUCGGAUAUUGCAGCCCAUGUUAGACGCCAGUAACCCGGAAACCACAAAGACGAAAAAGAGCAAGCCCCAGACCCGCCCCCAACAGAGGUUCUGGCCGGACAGUAUAGCCAAUAUCACACCCCAAUUGCCGGCGCCGGACGGACAAGGGGACGACCCGAUGGACAAGCUGUGUGACGACCAGCAACAGCAUCAUGUCAUUGUGUCACAGGGACAACAGCUUGUGCUGCCUGUGAUGACAUCAGAAGGGCAGAUAAUCACGUCACUUCCACAUAUUCACCAGGCUUCCAGCUCCCCUCACGACGACGAUGGAAUCAAGAUGGAGACCGAGCUCGUGGGAGAUGAUUCUGACUCCAGUAAAGAUGACAGUUAGAUGUGUUUUCCUGUUACCAUGGUUACAAUUGCUCACUAAGUGAGCAUGUCAUUGUUCAUUCUCAUCAUGUUAGCUUCCUAUGAUAUGCCAAGUCCCAUAAUGCAAUAUUCAAUAAUAAUGAACGGCUUUGUUUUCCUCCUUCCGUGGGUGUUUGCAUGGCGAAUCUUUACCUUCCGAGUGUUUGUAAAUAAUCUGUGUAUGUGGCAUGGCUACAAAGAAUUCUUGUUUCCGGCUAUAACCAACAUGGACCCCUUCAGCAAGUGAUGACUGUAGUACUACUACAUGGCUGAGUGGGAUUUUUCCAGUGCAAACAAGUCCUACAAAAGAUAUGCAUAUAUACAUGCAUAUGUUUCACAUGAGGUAUCCUAAGCAGAUAACAGUCUGUGGAUCGUAAUAAUAAUCUCUUAUUUUUCAAUGAAAUAUGGUAAGUUUCCUUGACGACUUGUUACCAUGGUUACAGAUACCACAAUAUAUACAUGCAUAUGUUUCACAUGAGGUUUCCUAAGCAGAUAUCAGUCUGUUGAUCGUAAUAAUAAUCUUUUGAAAAAUCCCAAUUUUGGGCAGCGGCAGUUAGUUUAGACUUCUGGAAUGGUCCCUAAAAAAACUUGGCAUUUGCAUAACCUACUGGUUAAAGCGUUCCCUUAUCCCGCCGAGGGCCCCGGUUCCAUUCCCCACAGGGGUAGAUGUGUGAAGCCCAUUUCUGGAGUUGGACGUCGUGACAUUGCUGACAUAUUGCUAAAAGCUUUAUCAAAUCAUGCUCACUCAAUCCAUCAAAAGUAUCAGGUCACAUCUUUUAAGAUUAAUCUUCUCUGACGGUUGUUUUUUGUAUGCCUUCCCAUUAGUCCUUACACUGGCUUUAAAUGUUCAAGUUUGUUGUUCACAGUUGAGUGUGAGGACAUUACGAGGUCUCGGACAGGUCUGCGAGUUUGAAAGUUAGAGGUUUUUGUAAUUGACCAAGUAAUGAUUCAUUGAUAGAGAAACAGUUAUCCUUUUCAUACUUACACUAUCUGCCAUUUUGGAUCAUGAUCUGUUUUUCCUUGUUGUCCAGUUUUUGUGUUAUUUCCGAUUUAUACAGGGUCCAUUCGGAACGGGAAUUAGUCAGUUGUGCACAUACAAUUGUCACUGUAGAGUACGUGACGAGACCAGGGGUGGUCGGUAGCCUAGUGUUGAAAGCAUUUGCUUGUCACACCAAAAACAUGUUUUCUGUUUCUACAUGGGAAAAGUAUGUAAAGCCCAUUUCUGGUGUGGUGCCAUGAUAUUGCUCACGUAUUGCUAAAAACAACGUAGAACCCUUCUCACUGACCCGCCAUGAUAUUGCUGGCAUAUUGCUGACGUAUAUAUAACAGUCCCCUAGUUUCAACACACUAGGUUUAUCUCCUAAUUAUGUACUGGUAUUCACUCCCGCUGUUGGUAAGUCUGUCUUUACAAUUACAACUAAACAGAAGAAACCAUGGCAACAAACGUCUUGGUAAUACUGUUGUAGAGUUUAUUAGUUUUGACCUAGCCUAUGGAUAUGACUACUCGUGGAUCUAAGUAGUGAUAUGCUUUAGAUCCAAAUGAAAAUACAAUCUGUUGACUAUACAGGAUAAGGGCCAUGAAGUCUUUGUGCUCAGCCCUGAUUGAGAUCUCAGAAAUGGUGCCAGGAGUAAAUUGGUGUUGCUCAGGCUUUUGAGUUUACAGAGUAAGGGCUGGCUGAGAUCUCAGUAAUGGUGCCUGUAACGCGUGGGUAUUGCUCAACGUAUUUAAGAUUUCCUUGUUAAAUCCGUAGUUUUGAAAAAUAAAAGUCUGAAAAUAGUAUUAACUAUCACGACAAUGACGCGGGUUCGAUUCACCACAUGGGUAAAUGUGUCGAGCCAGAUGCGAUAUUGCUGGAAAAUUGGUAAAAGAGGCGUUAAACCAGACUCACUCACUCACUCACUCCUCCAGCCUGUAUCGUUGCUAUUUCUUGCCCGGUUUAGCUUUAAAAAAGGUAGUCAUCAAGCACCCAUUCUAGGUCUGCUUAUGUCCAAACGAGGCUUACAUUAUUGUACUAUUUUAUAGCAUCACAUGAGCUUUCUGCGCAUGUGCAUUUGUAAUUAUAAUAGAGGGGCGGUAAAGUAGCCAGGUGAUAAAACAUUCGCUUGUCACGCCGAUGGCUUGUGAUAUAAGCGGAAAAUUGCAAAAAGCAGCAUAAAACCAUACUCACUCACUCACUCACUCACUCACUUAUACUGUUGUGUAUAGAAGAAUUCCUUUGUGGCAUAGUUAGGUCACAUGUUACUUGAGGUCUUCCAGCCUUUGAGUGCUGCUUGAUGGCUUCCUUACUUGUCAGCAUAAUGCCAGGGCCAACUGAUGGUGCUAUUUGACUCUAGAUCUGAUGUACGAGGACUGGCUUUAGUAGUUUUCAACCUUCACGUAACAGGUCUUGUUUGGUAGAGUCAAAACAGAGUUCUUGUAUUCCAGGUAUAACCACUUGGGUAUUAAUGCCAUACUGUUGUACAAGUCCAGUCUGGUUUGUGGAACGCCAGAAACCUAUGAUUGUGGGUUCGAAUCCCGGUUCGCCCAAUUAUGUUUCUAGGUUUGUCAGCACCAUACCCGUGCUCAUGGGUUUCACCGAAGUGGUAAAUGUCUGAGACCUGCAUCACUUCGGGCUUUCCUCCCACAUUAAGCUGACAUGCCGUGAUAUAACUGGAAUACUGUUAAAAGCGGCGUUAAACCCAACUCACUCACUCACUCACUGGUUUGUGUAACAACACUAGUCUGCAAAUGUGAAAAGAAGAAAUUGUUUUCAGUGGACUUUGAUAUUUUCUUCUAGAUCAGCUGGGAACAAUAUUGCAACUUUCUUUCUUUCAAAACAACCUUGAUUUUCGGGAAAG